CUUCUGGAAUAACAGAUUCUCUGAAUGCAGGAAAGGAAAAACUAAGCGUUGAUCACUUUCUGAAAGGUCAUGGUUUUUUAUUCUGUUGUAGAACAAUUUAGAAACUGAGGAUAUUUUGAAGCUACUUUCCAAACUCUGAGUGUCAUAGCUUGGAAUAAAGGAGCUUUUGACUUAUACACAGGAUAAUAUCAGGAAGGUAAACCUUUAAGAUAACCUUACUGAAAGGAUCCACAAGGAAGGGGAUUGACAGAUGGCUUGUGCUCAGAGUCUGUUGACUUUUGAGGAUGUGGCUAUCAAUUUCUCCAAGGAAGAAUGGAAAAGCAUGCAUACUUCUCAGAGGGAGAUGUACAGAGAUGUCAUGUUGGAGAAUUAUAGCCACCUGGUUUCUGUAGGUCUUUCUGAUACAAAACCAGAACUAAUCACGUGUCUUGAACAAAACAAAGAACCCUGGAUGGAGAAUACAGUGGAAGUAAAAGUUCUGGAACCAGCUCUCUAUUAUUAUCCAUUUCAGGAUUUGUUCCCAAAAGUGUCGACAGAACAUACUUCUCAAAGAGUAAUAUUAGGAUAUUUUGGAAGAAACAAUGCUGGGGAAUUACAUAAAAAGUUCUCUGCCUGCAGAUAUGUCAAUGAAGAGCCUGAAUCAUAUUUUGCUGGAAAGAAAAGAGAAGAUUUCAAGUGUACAGAAUGUUGCAAUUCUUUUUCCCAUAGGUUUUAUUGUCAGGUUCAUCAGACAACCCAAACUGGAGAAGAAAAGACUUUCAUGUGUGAAGCUUGUGGCAAGUCUUUUACUCAGAGUUCAUUACUUCAUGCUCAUCAUGGGAUGCUUAAUGGAGAGAAACCUUACAAAUAUUUUAUGUGUAGAAAGUCCAUUACUGCAUACUCAAAUCUUCAAGUUCAUCAAAGAAUACAAGCUGGAGAGAAACCUUACAAAUGCUCAGAUUGUGACAAGUCCUUUGAUUGGAGAUCAACCCUUCAAGUUCAUCAAACGAUACAUACUGGAGAGAAACCUUACAAAUGCUCAGAUUGUGACAAGUCUUUUAAUCGGAGAUCAGUCCUUCAAGUUCAUCAAAUGAUACAUACUGGAGAGAAACCUUACAAAUGCUCAUGAUAUGUGACAAGUCCUUUAACACAGAGAUCAUCCCUUCAAAUUCAUCAAAGGAUACAUACUGGAGAGAAACCUUACAAAUGCUCAGAUUGUGACAAGGCUUUUAAACAGAGAUCAACCCUUCAAGUUCAUCAAAGAAUACAUACUAGAGAGAAACCUUACAAAUGCUCAGAUUGUGACAAGGCCUUUAAACAGAGAUCAACCCUUCAAGUUCAUCAAAGAAUACAUACUGAAAAGAAACCUUACAAAUGCUCAGAUUGUGACAAGGCCUUUAAACAGAGAUCAUCCCUUCAAGUUCAUCAAAAAAUACAUACUGGAGAGAAACCUUAUAGCUGUAAUGUAUGUGCCAAAUCCUUUACCACAGGAUCAUAUCUUCAAAUUCAUCAAAGAAUACAUACUGGAGAGAAACCUUAUAGCUGUAAUGUAUGUGCCAAGUCCUUUACCACAGGAUCGUAUCUUCAAAUUCAUCAAAGAAUACACACUGGAGAGAAACCGUACAAAUGUAGUAUGUGUGACAAGGCCUUUAUUAAAGGCUCAAAAGUUCAAGUUCAUCAAAGAAUACACACAGGAGAGAAACCUUACAAAUGCUCAGAUUGUGACAAGUCCUUUGAUUGGAGAUCAGUCCUUCAAGUUCAUCAAAGGAUACAUACUGGAGAGAAACCUUACAAAUGCUCAGAUUGUGACAAGUCCUUUAAUUGGAGAUCAGUCCCUUCAAGUUCAUCAAAGGAUACAUACUGGAGAGAAACCUUACAAAUGCUCAGAUUGUGACAAGUCUUUUAAUCGGAGAUCAGUCCUUCAAGUUCAUCAAAUGAUACAUACUGGAGAGAAACCUUACAAAUGCUCAGAUUGUGACAAGUCCUUUAAACAGAGAUCAUCCCUUCAAGUUCAUCAAAGAAUACAUACUGGAGAGAAACCUUACAAAUGCUCAGAUUGUGACAAGGCCUUUAAACAGAGAUCAACCCUUCAAGUUCAUCAAAGAAUACAUACUGGAGAGAAACCUUAUAAAUGUAAAGAAUGUGGAAAGUCCUUUCCUACAGUCUCAAAUCUUAAAGUUCAUCAAAGAAUACAUACUGGAGAGAAACCAUAUAGCUGUAAUGUAUGUGCCAAAUCCUUUGCCACAGGAUGGUAUCUUCAAAUUCAUCACAGAAUACACACUGGAGAGAAACCAUACAAAUGUAGUAUGUGUGACAAGUCCUUUUUGAAAGGAUCAUCAUUUAAAGUUCAUCAAAGAAUACACAGUAGUGAGAAACCUUAAAAUGUUCAGAUUGUAGAAAAUUCUUUAAACAAAUCUCCACACUUCAAUUUCACCAAAGAAUACACACUGAACAGAAAGCUUAUAAUAGCAUAGAAUGUACUAAGUCUUUCACCACAUGGUAAAAUCUUCAAGUUCUUCAAAGAACACACACUGGAGAGAAACCUUACAAGUGUUCAGAUUGUGGAAAGUCCCUUAAAUUGACAUCAACAUUUCAAAUUCAUCAAAAAAUAUAUACUGGAAUAUAACCUUGCAAAUGAGAUGCAUGUGAUAAGUCCUUUACAAAGAGCUCAAUACUUACGUUUCAUCUAAGACUACAUAAAAGAGAAAUGGCAAAAAUAUACAAAUUGUCGCCAGUUCUUUUGACUAUGAUUCCCAUCUUUAAAGACAGUAAAUGACAGGAGAAGGCGAAUCCUUAAUAUUUAAUGUGUAUGUCACAUGCUGUGUCCUUUUCUCCUAGAUCAUUUCAGCAAAAUCUCACUACAUCCAAACUUGAGAGAAAACUUAUGAAUGUUAAUCACAUGAAAAAUCCUUUUUUGGGUAGUUAAAUCUUAACGAAUAAUACAGAAUCUAUAUUAGAUGAACACUGACAAUUUUAAUAAAAACGUAGGAACUUUUAUGGAGUGCUUACACAGUCAAACCCCAUAAAUCAGUAGUAAUGGAAAUAUACCAAACAAAUGUAGACUGUUAUACAAAAUUUUGAAAGGAUGGUCAAAACCUAGAGCAUUCUGAAAAUACAUGUAAGAGAACAACUAAAUAGGGAAUUACUGUCCCAAUACUCAUACAAAGAUAAGGAAAUUUAUAAUGUAUAUAGAAGAAGGAAACUUUUAGCAUUUGUUGAAACUUUAUUCACAGUUAGAUGAGGGGCAUUACUAAUCCUUAUGAUCAUUGUUGUUUUAAAAGCUUUCUACCAAGUAAUAAAAUGGUUAUUCAUAAAAGUAUUGUUGGAAAAUCAUCUAUAUAUGCUGUGAUAUAUAUCUCAGUACUACACUGAAAUCAAAUAUUAAAAUGAUAUGCAUUGAAUUUAAUAAUAGUUGAAGGCAAAAACAUUUGAAAAUGAGAUUACUUAUUCUAGGGUAAUUUUACUAAUAACCAUCCAAUUCAACAUCACAGUGAAAUUUUCUGUACCUUUAAUGUGACAGUAUAUUGAACACUUAUUUAUGAUAGCUUUGUAUAACUAUCAUUGUGUUGCUAGUGUUUGAAAUUUUACAGAAUGUAAUAUAGAUUGUUUUUAACCUUUUAUGUUUUACUAUUUUCUCAAUUAUCAAUAAAUAUAAUAAAACUUGUUUUCAAUUA